AUGCUGUCCAAAAAGAGGGGACCCGGCGAGUUGGUCCAAGGCUUUCGGGGCCAAGUCGAGGUCCUCAACGGAUACGUCGCCAUCGUGAAGCUCCACCGAGAAGGUCAGCUCGGAAUCGACCUCGAGGAGGUGGUGAAAUCGGUCAUGCGUGUCGUAUGGAAGCGCCGCUGGGAAGCGGCCUCGUGCAACAUCUUGCUGCGGCUUGCCGACGAUUUUCCUCGACUCGGCGACAUCUUGACGACACCGAUCCUGCAUUCCGCCUGCCGCUACUCCGCCAAAUACGGCAGACCAACGAGCGAAGGGAUGAGGAGGCUCUCCUCCAUCGACAUCUCAAAGACGACCGUGUCCAACGUACUUCUCUCGGCCGCCGUUGCUAACGUCGACUUCCUGCUCGAAGUCGCUCGUUCGCGGAUGUCUGAGGAUGAAGUCGCUGCGCUGAUCCGAGACACGCUGCCAAAGAUCCUUUGCCAGCCCUGGAGGCGCGGGAUCCUUCUCUCGCUGCAUUCAAGCGUCGCCAACUUCGCAGUCAUGCUCGGGGAUGCCGUACUGGCGCAAGAUUUCGAAAUCUCUCAGCUCGACGCUCCGACGAGGUACCCUUCUGUACGAAGCCAGGUGUUCGGCCUCGAGGAGCCCGUCGAAUCACGGCAGGAGCACACAGCCUUCCAUCAUAGGGGCCACCUUCGCAGCAUCCUAUCCUACGACGGUUCUUCCUCUGAGAACAUCGAGGCAUCGUCCCUGUGCGAAGGUUUUUUCACCGACUUUUGGCGGCUCAACGGUCGCCAGGCUCCCGGCCACAAGUCGGCGGGCGGAGAAGACAGCACGAUUGAUGACGGCAAGAUCCGAGGGACGCCCUUGUUCGGCAUCGACGCUGUGGAGGAGGCACCUUCCUCGAUCUCGAACCUUUACUACGAAGAAGUCGAACAGCACAUGCGGAUGAAUGCUGGUCGUUCUCGUUCGCUCCUUGCAUACAAUCCCCGGUCAAAGCAGUACGGCUUCCCAAAGGGCUACUUCACGAACAGCCAAUCGUCGGAAUGCGUCGAGAUUCUGGGUCGCUCCCGCGCCUCCAACGUCAUCCUCUCUCAUGCGCUCAUCAACGAGAGCCAUGAGCUGGUCACGCGCUUGAUCACCAAGCCACACUCGCUAUGCUUCGAUCUGAGCCACUGGAAGCUGCUCGCGUGGCUCGGAAGAGCUCCCUCCGACUACAUGGUCAUCGACAUCGUUCUCGGGGCUCCUUUUUCGAUCGACAGCUCUUUGGGAGACGAGCUGCUUACCGAUGAGCUCGUGCUCAAGGCCAGCAGGAGAAUCAGUCGCAAGGACAAGAAGGCAGCGCUCGAAAAAGCGGAAUCGGACCAUCGAGCUUACAGGUACCGUUCCGGGCAAUGA